ACACACCAUAGGCGCUUAAUAAACGUUUGUUGGAUUGAAUUACCCAAAGCAGAGUUACUUUUCGGAAAUGGGAAUAGGGGCUCGUGGCCCUUGGCGGACUCCGUCCCAGGCUCCGGGAUCGGAGCUCCGACGGUAACGGCGGCGGCGGCGGCUGAGACUCGGCGUUCUUGCGCCCCUCGCCUAGCGGCCGCAGCGGCCCAGUCACCUGCCCGGCCCGGGGCAAGGACUCGCGGAAGCGGAAGAGGGGUGCGGGCGCGGCCAGGGCGGUGGCGGCGGCUGCAGAAGGAGGAGGGAGACUGCGGGAGAGCCUUUGGCUGCCGCAAGAACUACGGAAGAGGCGGCUGAGCCGAGGCGGCCCCCGGCGCCCCCGCUUCUUGGUCAAAAAAAUAUUCUGGAUUCCAUUAUCCCUAUGUUUACAGAUGAAGAUUCUGAUGCUGAAGAAGUUAAGUGACUUCCUCAGGGUCACACAGCUAGUGAAUGCCUGAAGUGGAAUCAAACACAAAUCUUGUUGCCUCAGGCUUUCAAGGAGAACUGUUAUUGAAGAUGGAUCCAUUUGGUCAGAUGUAGUAUUAAAGAAUGAAGAAAGAAAAAAAUUCCUAAUUAGUACUACAAAAAUUACAAGUAAUAGCCAUCUCAGCAAAUUUGAAAUUGAACUAUUGGAGGACAACUGUUUCUUCUCAUACACCCAAAUUAGAAGGAUUAUGCUGUGCUUCUUUCAGCUAAACAGGAUCACCUUACCUUGUUGACUAUUGAUCAUAAAAUUAUACAAUGGGUCUUCGGAUUCAUUUUGUCGUUGACCCACAUGGUUGGUGCUGCAUGGGUUUGAUUGUCUUUGUCUGGUUAUACAAUAUUGUUAUAAUUCCCAAAAUUGUCCUCUUUCCUCACUAUGAAGAAGGACAUAUUCCGGGCAUAUUGAUAAUAUUCUUCUAUGGUAUUGCUAUGUUUUGUUUGGUGGCCUUAGUGAGAGCCUCAAUAACUGAUCCAGGAAGACUCCCUGAAAAUCCAAAGAUUCCACAUGGAGAAAGGGAAUUUUGGGAAUUAUGCAAUAAAUGCAAUUUGAUGAGACCAAAGCGUUCCCAUCACUGCAGCCGAUGUGGUCAUUGUGUUAGGAGAAUGGAUCAUCAUUGUCCAUGGAUUAAUAAUUGUGUUGGCGAAGAUAAUCAUUGGCUUUUUCUGCAACUAUGUUUCUACACAGAGGUUCUUACUUGCUACGCUUUGAUGUUUUCUUUCUGCCACUAUUACUACUUUCUACCAUUAAAAAAGCGUAACUUGGAUCUCUUUUUAGUUAGACAUGAAUUGGCCAUAAUGAGGCUAGCUGCUUUCAUGGGAAUAACUAUGUUAGUUGGAAUAACUGGACUCUUUUAUACACAACUAAUUGGCAUCAUCACUGAUACAACAUCUAUUGAAAAGAUGUCAAAUUGUUGUGAAGAAAUAUCGAGGCCCCGAAAGCCAUGGCAGCAGACCUUCUCAGAAGUUUUUGGCACUCGUUGGAAGAUCCUGUGGUUCAUUCCUUUCAGGCAGAGGCAACCACUGAGAGUUCCCUACCACUUUGCCAAUCACGUCUAAACAGAUGGAUGGUGGGCACAGAUGGGUCCUCCAUGCUGGAAAUGCGUUACAGGUUUUAUGAUAAUAGAACUAUGACAGUCUUCAAGUCAAUUAAAAUCCACCCACCAAUCUUAGGCAUCAUAAUGUGCCCCAGGCUUUAUUUUAAUAGUGAUCUUGAUCCUGUUGUGGGACUGAUACAAGAUCUAUAUUUAAGUUUUAAAGCGUGUUUACUUUCAAAUUAGCUUUCCAUGGGGAUUUCUUUAAACUCGUUUGUUGUUUAAACUCAAAAGGCAAUGAUUGAGAUGAACUAAUUGUAGGACAAACUGUUAGUAACUUUAUUUUGUGCAAAAUUACAGAUGUUUACUUAAAUUCUGCAUUUUCAAAUGGUAUUACCAGAUCUGAAAUUCUUCACUUUUUUUAACAAACCUUAUAUGCUGAUUUUCUUUUUUAAUGUAAUUGUAAAUCGUUAUAUCUCCUCCUUCUUUACCCUGCAUGAUAUUAACCAUACAGCAAAGCCCUGAAAACAGGCAGUGUAUUUUAUAAGAAGCAGACUUCUUCCUUAUAGUCCCUCCCUAUUUUUCCUAAUUCCUUUCCCUAAAAGAGGUCUUUUAAAGGGAAGACUUCAAAUUUUCAUCUUUAAGUAUAACAUUUCAAGAAAAAAAAUAUCCUACACAUUUUUACUACUAAGGUUAUCUAUCACUCUUGUGUUGAUAAAAGAUAUUAAGGGCAAAGACCUAAAGGAAAUAUGUGACAAAUGGACAUAUUUUCCUAUUUUCCACUGAGAUUUGUUUUGUUUAUUUGUUUCUAGUAAUUUACCUUAAUUUCAUUUCUGCCUUUUCUCAUAUUAGGAUUCAUACAUUUGAAAAUGUCAAUUUAAUUUUAAUACAUAAUGUAUAGUAUAUAGAGGAAUAUAUGCGUGCAAAAAUACCCUUUUAUCUCCUAAUAGAACUAGAAUUGCUUUUUGAAUGUUUAUAUUUAAAAAUAUUGACCAGUGAAGUAUUUUUAGGUAUUCUUUUAUACGGUUACAGUUGUAAUAGAUAAGUAACCAUUUCUGGCUGUCACUAAAUACAAUUGAAAUUCAAUUUUAAUUGGCUAACAUAAUUAGGGCUUAAAUAUUAUUUUGUGGUUAUUGGCGUCCCUUUUUAUUUGAAAUGGCUAUUGUUAUGUUUGUUAGUGAAAUUUAAUUUCUGCAACUAAUAUUAGCCUUUCUGAUGUUACCAAACUAAAACAUGAUCAUAAUGCUGGUAUAUUUGAAAGUCAGAGAAUUCUUGGGUGAAUAGGUGACAUGUUUUAAAAAAAUACAUGUUUUAUUAUAGCAUUCAGAACUUCAAAAUAUUCACAUUAUUUUACUUAAGGAAUAAAUUGGAAGGUUUCAUCAUCCCUCACCAGUUUAUCUUCUAAUAUGUUAGUUUUUUGCUUUCUCUUACUUUUAAGGUAAUUAUACCUGGGAAAUCAUGAAACAAAAUUUAGGUAUAGCUUGGACACUUUAUUGUAGUCAUUGCUUUGAGAUAUUGUAUAUAGAAAAUAUUCUGGAAUAAUAGAGUUAGAAAAAUAUGCAACAUAUUUUUCAUGGUCUAAAUUUAGAGUUUUUUUUAACUUAAAUAUUUAAUAUCAGCAAAUGAAGGUAUUUAUUGGUGCUGACAGGGUAUAUAGCUUAAUACAAAAAAUAACAUUGUUGCUCCUGGCCAAAUGCUAAGAUAUCACUUCUAAAAACAGAAUUCAUGUGAAACCAGGCAAAUAAUCAGGAUUCUCUUCAUCCUAUAUGCUAAAAAAUUUUACCCAAUUGAUAAUUGGAUACUUGGAGAUAUGAAGCCAGUUUUAGCCAAUACAGUAAUGUCAAAAGAACAGCUAUAUAUGUACUUUGUAAGCCAAGACCAUAAAGAAGUGACUAGGUCCUGUUGGAGAGCUCACAGAUAAAGUAGAUGGGAAGUAAGUUGUAUUUAUACUUUGUUCAUUGAAGGAAGCCCCCCAGGAGUAUGCCUAGGAGAGAGCUAUCAUUCCUACUUCUAAAUUAAAGGGAAGAAGCCAGACCAUCACUGCCUUCUCAGAGGACGAGGGCUCAGGCUGGCUAGGUUUGGGACCCAAGAGGUAGAGGAGGUAAGCGUUGCUUACAAUAUGUUCUAGAAUAUAAUUGAAAGGGCAAAAUGGGAGACUUCUUACUCUUUCCUCCUCCUUUCCUAUUUUUCUGUCUAUAUAGCUACACUGCCUUGGCCUUAACACUAUCUCUGCGAGACUCAUGGAAUAUAAACCCAAGGACUAGGCAAGGGAUUAUAUUAUUUUCGUGGCAGAUAUAUUACAUAUCAGUCUAUAUACACAUAUGACAAAUACAUACAAAUCCUAGCUUUUAACAUUCCCAAAUCCUCUAAUUAGCACACAUUUAUCCUGUGAAUCUUGAUACUCAUCUAUUGGAGAAAAUAACUUGAACAGUCUCCAAGGUGGAGCACAAACUCUUAUGUUCCCUAUGCGCCCUCUUUUGGUUGACUGAUGCAUUUAUUUUUAUUAAUUAGAGAGAUUUGUUCUUUUACCUUGUGACAACUUAAGGAACCAAACUUUUUGGGAAUCAGAAGCCUAAAUUUUAAAAGAAGCAUGUAAGGAAAAUAUAAAGUCUUUAAAAAAUGAGUAUGUGUUUCUAUGUAUAUGUCAUUUUCCAAUUCAUAUGUUACUGUGUUUCACUUAAAUGUUUUAUAUUAUUAUUUUGUAAUUUUCAUUAUAAAAUUUUAGUUAAUAUCUCAUGGGCACAGUAAUGAUUUUUGUUUUGAGCUAUAUCCAAAUUAUUGAGAAUUUAUUAAUUAUCAAGAAUUAGAAGUUUUACUUUAUUGUAGGAUCACUAAUUUAAUAACCUAUUCAUUAAUUUUAUUUAAUAAAUCUAUUUGAGCAAGUUAAAGAUGAAUAUAGACCCUGCAGUUAAAUCAGCAAGCAUAGACAGUCAAUACCUUAAAAACGUUUUAAGGUUGGUAUUUUUGCAUCUCUUAAAACAUAUAUUUAAUAAGAAUUUAGUUUGCUUUUCCUUUUUAUCUUUUCAUUGAACCAAUUUAGGUUUAAUACUUUUACAUAUUCAUUUAAUUUAUUAUAAGCUUUACAUAAAUAUUAAAACAAUAAAUGUAUUGAGAUUGGAAAAGAAUUACUGGCACUGGAAAAGAUAUGAUGCCAUUAAUAUUAUGAGUGAUAGAUUCUGGAUGUUGCAUAAAAGGAAUUCUUAGAAAUACUUCAUUUUUUAUUGAAUGAAAUGUGUCAAAAGAGAUUCAAGUCCCAUAAAAGUUAUUGGUGGUGUGGAAAAUUUUUAAAAAUUUAAAUUUAAAAAUUCCAAUGUUCCAAGAAUUGGAAACUAGAACUCAUGAGCAAUAAAACUGAUUUUUGUUUUUAUUCACAAAUUUACUUAUGUAUGAUAUAGUGCUUAGCUUAGUAGUACAUACGUAUAGCUACAUAAGUAAACCAAGGCAUUAUAUUUAUCAUAUGUUGUGCCCCAAAUUUAGUUUAAAAAUAAUAAUAAACUAACAUUCUGUAAUGACAUCUAUUAUUUUGCUUUAGAAUUGUGCUGAAAAACUUAAUUUUGGUUGAUAUAAAAUUUCUGUAAAUCUUUAUCCUAAAUUUUCUGCAGAAAUUAUAGUUUACUUUUAAAAAGUAACACAUUUGUUGAAUGUGAACAGGAUUUCAAUAUUCUUAACUUUUGUUCUUUUCUGGCAUAAUUAAAUUUAAUACUUUUUCAAUGCCUUGUCAAUGAUGACUCUAGUUAUGGCAUGUUAAUUAUAACUCAUAUUUGUUAAACUUUUCAAGUCACUUUUACACAAAUUAAUAGUUUUUCAAAAUCUAUGUCCUUGUUGACUUUAUUAUUUUUGAAUGCAGACCAUGAGCUUUUGUCUGAAUACUCUCCCAGGCAGAAAGAAUAAGUGAUUUUAAAUAAUAGUAGUAUAAAUAGAUUUUAGGUUAUUCCAUUGUUCUUGCAUGUAUAGAUGUUAAGAUUUCACUCCGUAUCAAUGAUUAAAAAUAUAUGCUGUUAUAGAGAAUAAUAUAACCCUUAUUUAUAGUGCAUAAUAUUAAUUAACAAAAUUAAUGAUCUCUUCCUAGGUUUUUCUUCUUUUUUUUCUUUCUCUGUGUUUCCCAUGUGACCAAAUUAUCAGACUCACUUUACUAAGUCAUAGCUUAUCUAGGUUUUAAACAUCGGUUUGAGACUGGAUAUAUAGUUAGUAUUUAUUUAGAAUACCACUGACAGACAUAAUCAUCAUUUGUUAAUAUUAGAUUUUUACCUGGCUUUCUAUGAGCUUUCCGUUAUUUGUAUAUAAAAUAUUGACACUUUAAAAAAUGACACCUUAAGAAUUAGCAGAUGUGUACAUAUGUUAUAUUUUUUUACUUUUGGGUAUCCUUUAACAUUUAGCUAAAUAAUAAUGUGGAUACUUUUUAAAAGGCUUUAUGUUCUUUCAAAUUCUGAAAUUCAUCUCCAAUUUGCUAAAUUGUAUUGUUUCUUCUAAUUAGCCUUCUUCAAAAUACCACCAAGGUGUUCUACAGAAAUAUCUGAGAAAGGAGCGGAAUUAGCUUACUAAAACCAUUGUGAUCAUUAAUUGAUUGCAUUACAUACCUCACUCAAUAUUGGCAUCUCUGCUUCCAGUGAAAUGGUUAGCUGUUCAGCAUAGUUCUGCCUGGAAAGGGCCUAUUUCCUCAGACUUCUGCCUUUUAUCAUCCUAUAGAACACAGAUGUAUAAUGACAUUUAAGGCGCAUUUUUUUUUACUUUUAUCUGGUCUUCAGGUGUUGUAAUUUAGUGAGCUAACAGUAAUCUGUGCUAAUUUGGAUCAGGAAUAGCACUGAUAUAAGUACAGAAUAAACUCUUUUAGCAUUCAGUCUUAACUGCCUGUUCCAUCAUCUUUUGCCAUGGUUAUGAAAAAGUGACAGAAUUUUAUGAUUUCUUUCUGUACUUCCCCACCACAUAUGAAAUAAGCACUAAUGAAUAAUGAAUAUUCUGCCUUAAAAGAGGAGUGCAGUGGGUGGAGGAAGCAACGAUAAGGAAGAUGAAAAGUUUUUGUCAUUAAUAAUCAGCUUCUCAGUAACAGGCUUGUCUUUUCUCUGUUUUUUGUCUCACCGGAGAAUUCAGUAAUUUUACUCAUUAUGGAAUUCUUCCCAAUUUAUCCUUCUGCAACAUACUAAAAUUGGGAGGAUACCCAGCAAAUAGAUUUGUUUUACCACUUUAUGGUACUUCCAGUAAUAUAUUCAAGAAAAGUCAGGGUUGACUGAGCUAGGUUGACUAAUUGAUGACUAAGUUCCUAAUGCAUGUGAAUGCUUUCAUUUUGGAUAAGAUAUUUACUAUGAGGAAUCUCCAUUGUUUCUUUACAGCUGGAUUAGGUAUCUUUUAGAAAUUGUUUUACACCUUAGAUUAUAUAUUGUAGUGAUAUGUUUCUUAACAUGAAUUGUGAGGGAUAAAAAUAAUGUGAAGUUUGAAGUUAUUUUAACUGAGAAGACAUUAAUAGCUUCCACAAAGUUAGAUUUGGGAACAACAAGACUGUUUUCCCAAAUGCCAGGGGUCCAUUUUAUAUCCUCAUCAAGAUACUUUUUCUGUUCAUUCUAAUGAGCUCAACAAAAAACCCUUGUCUCUUAUUCUGACAGAAGUAGAGUCACUGAUUUAGAAACAUAGUGAUUAUUGCUUACAUUUCUCUUACCUUAUAUUAAAUACCUCAAAAUCUCUAUUCCUUUUGGUAUGUUGCAGUAACACUAUAAAAAGUCAAGGCUGUGGUUUAUGAGAAUAACUGAAUAUUCUGGGAGAAACUUGAUUUAUUGGUAAUUUUAUAUGAAUUAAGAUGGAAAAGUAACAUGUUUUGUGUAUUGGUUUACUACAUGUAGGGUUUUGUUUGUGAAAUUGUAAAGUGAAGUGAAAGCAUACUUAUGAAUCCCAAGCAUUAUAUAUUUGCCAAUAUGCUUUGUAUAUUAUUUUUGCUUGAUUGUACUCAAAGUCGUUAUUUCCCAACCUCAACCACUAAGAGAGAUCCUGGUGCUACUUGCUUAGUUUUGUGCAUCUGAUAUUUCUAGCUCCUGCACCAAAGAGUUGAAAUGUUUUAUUGUUGUAGACUGAAAGAUUUUUUCCCCUGUGUGAAGUGAGUAAAAUAUGUAUUUAAUUUUAUAAUAAUUGAAUUUAAUGUCAGAUCAGUUUCUAUUAACAGAUUCUAAUUUAUAUACAUUAUUGAAUUAGUAUAAUAAAUUUUAAAUAGCUCUUCUUUGGACUUUUUUUUCCAUUUAGGUCUGAUAGUGAUAUAUGUUUUUGAAUUUAAUUUGAUUAUUCUAAUGUAAAUUUACUACCUUACAAAGUAACUUAACAAACUACUUUCAAAAUAGUAGAAGCUUUUCAUAAGAGAUUUUCUUCAUUUUUGUGUAUGUGAAAAGGUUCAUUUUUAUUAAUAUAGAAAAACAUAUACCCUAAAAGACCUCUAUUAAAUUAGGCUGGAACAGUGUUAAGUCAUCCAAAAUUUUUGCUGUCCAUAAGUUGAAGGUCAUUUUGGUUUAGAAAACAAAAAUUCUAAAUCUUUUCUAUUAAAAAUAAUUAUACCUCCAAAAGAAAGCAUUAUGAAAAUUGUACCAUUUGCCUUGCUAUUAAAGUAAAAAAUUAACUUCUACUCUUAAAACAAAAAUAGAAACAGGCUCAUGUUUCCAUGAGAGGUACUCAGGAUAUAUACCUUGAGCUAAAACAAAUAUGGCAUGUGAAUAUUCAUUUUUUACACAAAAUAUAAAUUUGGGAAUGGUUAUUUACUUUAAAGAUGGAUUUAUAGUUCUUAGUACAGGUUCCCUUAGCACAGUGCUUCCCAACCUAUGUUCUCCCUUGCCUUGCUAUGUGAAAAAGAAGUUUGGUGGAGGGCAAAAGAAAAGAAGGAUUACUAAAGCUGUAGCUAAUUGGCAUCUUUGUUCCUGAAAAAGGGGCAGAAAUGUGAGUAAAUAUGGAAGAGAGAAACCUUGGCUAGGAACUCCCAGGAGUAUGAGCAAGCCUUUAUUGACUUGAAGGGGAAUGGAAUUAUGUGUGAGCCAAGGUUCAGAGAUUCCAAAUAUUCCAUUUCACCCCAACACACACACCAGGUGUCAAAGUGGCAACCUAUGUCCCACAAGAGUGUCCCUUGUUAUGACUUAAUCUUAUUUUCCUUGACUUCCUCACCUACCCCUACCUGCCCCCAAGACUGUAGUACCCAACAUUGACUGAUUCUGUAUAAAAGGUUUCUGAGGCCAAAUUAUUUUGGAAAAGAAAAAACUUCUUGUACUGAAAGAUGCGGUUCAUUUAAUAAAAAUUACAUGGUACAUAAAACUUUUGGAACACAUAGCAUAAAAAGAGAUAUACUAUAAACUAAAUGAAAAUGACAUUCUUUACCUUUCAUCUAGAAUAAAUAAUUUCUUGAAUGAGGAGAGUGCCCAUUUUUGUAGGAUUUUUCCUUUUUUUUCCUCUUUCCUCCAUUUUCUUCAAACUACCAGUCUCUUAAAAAUUUCAGCUGAAUUGCCAAUCAAUUAAAAGAAUUUUAUCAGUGUGUAUGUUAAUAAACUAGACAAUCAAAUUUAAAAUGUUUUAUUGUUCAUUAGUCUUUGCUAAAUAUAGGUAUAGUAUAUGGUAUUGUCAUGAUUUUUCUGACUACUUACAUGGAAAAAGUUUAGUUUUGAAUCAGAAAUGCAAAUGGAACCUGUGAAUCAGAACUGUUUCAGCAGAAUCUCGAAAUGUCAAAAUUCACGCAGCAAAAUUAGAGGACAAAGAAAGAACAAGCAAUAUUGCAUCUCUUGAGGUUGCAACAUGAUAUAGAGUGUAUAGCCACUAUGUUAAUUCCAAGCCAGGUGAUUUAUUUCUGAAUUGUUUAAUAUACCCUGGGUGAAUAUGAUUGCUUAGCCUGAUGCUGAGCAAAGCCACAGGUAUUUCCCCAUAAUAAGAUAGAAGAAAAUGGACAUUCCCAGUCUUUAACAAGAAGAGGUUAAACCAGUAGAGGGAUAUGGUAGGAGCAAAUCAAAACACUAUAAUAGAGAGUUACUGAGACUCAUGUGCAAAUUUAACGUGAAGCAUGAGAAGGAUCUCAGUUAUGGGAUUGAACAAGAUUGGCCAGUUUAUUUGACCAUGCCUUAUGCACUAGAAUUUGUCAUUUCUUUUUAAUCCUUUGUGCCCUAUGCCAAUGAGAUGUGAUUUGGAAUUUUUAGUGACAAGACCAAAUCUGUGCUGCUCUGAGAUACAGAAAAAUCUGUACACUCCAUGUUGUGUAUGUGUGUGUGUGUGUGUAUUUGGCAUGUAUUCCUGAGACUGUUUUAACUUUUUCUAUUCUCUAAGUGUCAUGCAAAGGUCCUGUUCCUAGAAUCCCUAAAAAUAUCAAUUAUCAGUCUUGUAAAAAAUAUUUUAUAGUACAUUUGAGUGUAAAUUUAUGUACUGUUUUGCUGCUUUGUUGUUACUAUUAUAACAUGACUGUUAUCAUAGGGCAUUGUAUGACAAAAUCUGCACUGUCGCAGUUACUUAGAGUGCUGAUAAGUUAAAAAGGGAGAGAUCUGAUCAGAGACUGAGAAGUAAUGGGAGGUGGAAGAAAGGAAGGAAAAUGGAUAAAUAUACCUGGGAUUUACUUGUUUAAAUAAGCAACAUGCACUGGUUCUUUAAAUGAAAAAGUAAAAUUAUGUGUCUACCUUAUGAAAAUGGGUUUUGUAUUUUCUUUUGUUUUAUUCAUGUAAUAUUUCUAUUUUCUUUACAGAUUAUUUUAAUUUAAAUUGUGAAAUUUUUACUUCUAUUGAAAUGUAUUAUGUAUUGUAUUUUUAGAAAUCUUAUUUUUAAAUAAAUAUUUUUAAAACAAAA